AUGCCGAGGUCUGUUGGUGGUUCUGACCGGCAGUGCAGCCGCGUCGUCCCGCCCCAGCUCGGCACGCUGCAGAUCGUUCACGGCAACGGCACGGCCGUGGGGACGGUGGUGACGUUCCAGUGCGCUGCCGAGCACCAGCUGGAGGGACCGGGCGUCAUCACCUGCGUUUGGAAGGGGAACGGUACCCAGUGGACAGCCGGCGUGCCCUCCUGCAAGCCCAUAUCAAAAUAUGAGACUUUUGGAUUUAAGGUCGCGGUGAUCGCCUCCAUCGUGAGCUGCGCCGUCAUUCUGCUGAUGUCCAUGGCUUUUUUAACUUGUUGUCUCAUCAAGUGCGUGAAGAAAAGUGAGAGGAGGAGGACUCAAAGUACGGAGGCACAGCCCAGCAUCUUCCGGCGUACGCGUGGGGCUGUCGGGAUCUCCUUUGUUCGCGGAGGUGCGUGUGGCGGUGUGCGGUGCCGCAGUCCCGGCUGGGCGCCCCGGGAAGCUCGCUGCCACCAGCCCCUCGUGGGCGGCACGUCCCUGGCUGGGAUGCCGCUCUCUUUCAGAAGCCUUCACCCCGGCGGGGAAGGCCAGGCCCCGAAAACGCAGGCGAGGGUAUCGGAGACAGAAAUUGUCCGGAAGAAGGCUUCGGGACCGUGUGGCUAA